AGUCGCGUGUUGUGUAGCCGACAGCGAUUGCGGCUUCUGGUGCGGAGACGACACUCAGCAUUUCAUAAUGGAAAUAGCUACAAAGCCAAGAAGAAGUACCUACGAUCUUCUCAAGACGAGCUGGACGUACCAAACACGACAGUUCUUCGAUAAAAGCACUCUUCAUGGGGUACGUUACAUUAACGAAGAAGGACGACCUUUCUGUGAAAGGUUUAUGUGGUUUUGCUUCACAUCUGUUGGAGCCAUAGCAACGCUCAUUAUCAUCGUGUCGUUGUGGGAGAAGUUCCAGACGAAUCCUACCAUCACAGGCUUGGACACUGAUUUUCACAACUGGAAAGUGCCGUUUCCAGCAAUAUCUGUUUGUUCAGAAAACCCUGUUAACCGACAAGCCGUUGAGAAGUAUGUAGCAAAAAUUGGUCAAACGUUCACCAGCACGUGUAACGAAGAAACUCAGAAUUGUACACAAAUUCACACCGAAUAUUUCACACAGAUAGCGAACUUAUCAUACAAUAAUCUAUAUAUUAUAGAUGAACUUCUCUCACAACAACGGAUAAACCUAUCAGAGUCCAUAAAAGAUACACAGAAACAGCUGGUGAAGAGAUGUAAGGAUCUACUGCAAAACUGUACAUUCAAGUUGUCGCAGAAGUUCGACUGUUGCGAACGAUUUUUUCCCAUCUACACUGAAGUUGGUUUCUGCUUUUCUUUCAACUCACGUCAUGCAACACCAGGCAGUUUUGAACUUGAGACUAUCAGAGAAACAGAUGAAAAAUGGGCCCUUGACUUUGCAAUCAGCGUUGAUGAAGGAGAAAUAGUGAAGCUGUACAUCCACAGCAACGACGAGAUCCCGGUACUGGACGUGAGCCCUCAGCACGAGUGGACGCAGAAGAUCAGCAUGAUAGCGUUCUCUGCCAAGGAGACGUACACCACAGAGGACGCGCGCCAGUUGUCCAUCCGCCAGCGCCGCUGCGUCUUCGCCGACGAGAUCAAGCUCGAGACGGACUCCAUAUACACGUACAGCGCGUGCACCAGCCAGUGCCGCAUGCGGCUCGCGUUCACCCUCUGCAACUGCGUACCCACCUUCUACCGGCCCAACAAGCCAUACAAAUCCUGUGACGCGGAAGGACUUAAAUGUUUAGCUCAUCAUUACAAAAAGUUCCUGGACAAGAAUAGACACUGCCACUGCGAACUGGGCUGCAAGAACACCGUCUAUGAAGUAGAAAAACUUCAGGACCAAACUGGAGCUGCACCAGGGCAUAUAGACAUAGGAUUUGUGUCCUGGCCAAUGGUGAGAUAUAAGAGGGAAGUGCUCUUCGGGUGGGUGGAUCUUCUAGUGUCGUUUGGAGGUAUUGCUGGUCUGUUUCUGGGAUUCAGUCUGCUUUCUGGAGUGGAGAUGAUCUACUAUUUCACCAUGAGAGCCUGCUGCAUGGUACUGCGGAAUGAGAGCGAACUCUUGGAACUUCAGCGAGAGUAUGAAAAGGAGAAGCACGCCGCGGUUGACCUCAGUCUUACGCCUUAUUUCAUGAAGACGAAUCAAAAUGGAACCAGCGGUAUCACAAAAAUAUCUCCGGCGAACCAAACGUCUCAAACUGGAAGCACUGGCAUCACAAAAGUUCCUCCGGCCAACCGCAGCUUUCCGGACAAGGGAGCUCACGCUGUUCUGCAGAGGAUUUAUGUCAUAGAAUUCCUCCCUUAAACAGUAUUUCUCACUCUAUAUAACGUUGUUUCAUUUAGUUGUUUAGAUGUAACAGGCGUUAAGCGUGAAGUCCUCUUCAUGGAGAUACAUUUUGUAUUAAAGUUUUAGUGCAGCUGAAAUAGCAGGUCACUCAUUGAGACAUGAUUUUAUGUUAUCAAGUCUGUAUGUUACACUGCGGGCUGUAAUAACAGUACUGAUUUACACAAAACUUUCUGCUGUGACAGAACGUCUGUGAAACUCUGCUGCUCUUCAGGAUAUGCAAAUAUGCAGUCGACAGUUAAUGGAAUGAAAAAAAAGUGUUCAGUAAGUAAAUGAAUAUUUCCAGUUUAACACUUCAUGCCCAUUGGACAUUACGCUUCUUACUCUACUGCAAAGCCCAUUCCUAAAAGUUGUCCAUCCCACUUCAUGGGUGAGAAUCAGUGAGCCAGGUCUCUUUUUGUACAUUGGAAAUCGCUAGUUUUUCUUGAGGCAGAAUGUCAAUGAUGUUCCGAAUGAGUCAGAAAUAUUAAUUACUAUUGACAGUUACCUGCCAGUUUUAAAAAUUCUGUGUAUUUUCCAAUUCCAAAAUUUGUUUAAUUUUCAGCUGUAGAAGAGCUAGAAGAGACAACACUGUAAUUUUUCUCACUUUCUGCAACGUGAUGUUC